AUGAAGCCAGCUUUCAACACCCUCGCAGUCACGACGCUGCUGGCCAUUCCAGACACGGGCGCUCCGCAAAUCAAGCUUUCGCAGCAGGGCAACUCGAGUGAGAACAUCGCCAACUCGGAGCAGAUCGAGCACCACUUCUAUUCUAGCAUGAACGCUCAAACACAGCCUUUGACGCCUACGAGCUCCUAUUCGGGCGAAACGCUCGUUGGCAAUGAGUCUCCGCCGCCUUCAUGGUCUCCCGGUUACAGCGUCACCUCAACACUGGUGGACGAACCCGGGCAUGGUACCGAUAUGGGGUCGGCAGACUCGGCGACGACCUUACCGGACGUCCGUGCGUGGCUUAGGUCGUCUUCAGCUGGCCCUUCGCCGUCCGAAGCUCUCCGCCCCGAUGACUUCGGCGUCCACACGGACACUACAGACGCCACUCCAAAUCUGUCACCCGCCCACAACUUCGCAGGCAGAGUCGCCAAUGCGUACCGUGACUAUAUCUUCCAUGCAGUGCUCAGAACGCCAGCUCGUGACUUUUACCAGGACGAUAUCGCCUACCAACAGCCUGAACACGUACGGAAGAUGGACAUAGUCUGCGACCUACUUACUAGAGGAGUGGAUCUUAGCUUGCGCGAUAGGAUCGGAGACACAAUUCUCCACACCGUGUGUGGCGAUCUUGGCCCGCCCGACCUUGGCAACGAGACUGAAGGGUACCCGUUUCUCAAGCUCUUUCUUGGGCGUGGUGACGAUGGCCACGGAGAAGGCACCAGAGGCGCGUGCAUGUCUCUGAUCAACGCACAGAACAGCGGGUGGAUCAACGAGGAAGGCCAACAACAGAUAUUCUGGCAUACGCCUCUGGGUGUCGCAAUUCUGUAUAACAACCUCGCAUGCGCCAGACUGUUGUUGGAGAACGGGGCUGAUCCGAACAUACCUGGAGAGUGGGGCGAGCCGCCCAUUUACUUUGCUGUGCGCAAUGAUAGCCUCGCGACUGUGAACUUGCUCCUCGACGCUGGUGCCAAAGGCACCGCUCAGACGUACUCGCAGAUCCGCUCCAGUCAGGUGGAGGCCGCACUUGCGUCUCGAGAUAGGGUUGGGUAA